AUGACUCAAGAAGGUAACUUUACCUUUACCUUACAGGUUGACCUACACACUUUAUUACAUAAAGAGAUCAUGUUAGAUGUGAUAUUGAGGCAGCGAGUGUACGACCCACUACUAGAGUUGACCCAAAACCGUCCAGUAACGGCGCCGGAAACAACGGCGCUCACGAACACUGCACCCACCGAUAGUGAUCCAUCGUCAGUCAUAAUCGGUGGAGUUGCGGCUGACCAUGACAGCUCUCGAUCACACACCACUGUCAUCACUUUUACAACAACCACCUGCCAACAAAUCGACAACAACGGUUCAUCACACGACGACGACUACAGCAACAAGGAGCACACCAUUAACAUCAAUAACAUCACUCGCCCUCAUCUCAAUGGGGACGCUGUCAGUGAAAUCUACAAAGGUCCGCAAGCGACCAUCGAGGGUGGGAACCAGCCGAAAAUCAGCAAUAGGGACGAUAGCAAGAGUGACGAGUCCGAACACAGCAGGUUACGAGCAGACGACCUACGAGAAGGGAGUAUUUCGGUCGGUAAAACCAGUUCUAUUAAAACCAGUUGCAGUCCUAAAAUCCAGCUUACCCCAGUUUUUGAUAACAAGGAAGAUGGGUUACCUGUCGCCACAACUGCUAUCAUUAACAACACUACCAACGACAACAACAACACCACCAACAACAACAACCACAACAGCACGAAUAACAACACACCACCGGCGAGGAAGAAUAAGCGGAAACUAAGUGAACCUCGGAAAAGAACGGAUUUUAAUAUUAAGCGUUUUUGUCCGGAGAGUCCCGAAGGAAGUAUUUCGGAGGGUUGUUGUAGCGAUGACUACAAUGGAUUACAUGUACGACUGUUAGACACCCCGGAGGAAGUACGAUCUUCGUUUCUAUUCGAACACAACGAUUCAGGUUCGGAUCAAGUUGACGACAGUGAAUUAGACGAGCACGCUGGGGACACAUUUUUCGAUGUCCGUGCUAACCCUAAUGCUGAUCCAGAUCUUGAUUUACACUCCGAGUUUCUGAGUCCCGAUCUCUACGGCCAGCCCCCUACCACGACAGUAGCUGUGAGGACUAUCGCUGCCGCCACCUCCUUAUUGCACAGGAGGUAUCUACGACCGUACAGCGAAAGCAGUGGCCGUCUCAGCGAUAACACGACGGCGUCCAGCCAACAGAACCACAUCUACGCCGCUCACAAGUCAUCAUCAUCAUCGUCGUCAUCAUCAACAUCAUCACUAUCAUCAUCACUAUCAUCAUCGUCGUCCACAUCGCUCCGAACCCGGCGACACCAACACCAAAAACAACAGCAGCAGCAGCUACAACUGCAGCAAAAGCAGCAGCAGCAGCAACAACAACAAAAACACAAUCGACAUCAGCCCUUAAACCUUAUCAGUGCCGAAGGAAGCUGCAGUAGUAGUAGUAGUAGCAAUAACAGCCUGUCUGCCACCGCCGCCACACCCUCCUCCGCCAACAUCGCCAACAAAACGACGGGUAACACAGUCAUCCAUAUCCCCAACUCCACCACCACUACCACCGCCGCCGCCGCCGCCGCUAACAACAACACAAUCCCUCCUCGCAGCACGCUCCGUACGGACCAGUCUUUUCAACGUUUUCCCUACAUCGCUGACACUGCUGAUGGUUCCGACGACGACGAUGAUGACGACGACGACGACGACGAUGGUGACGACGACGAUGAUGAUGAUGAUGAUGACGACGACGAUGACGACGACGAUGUAACAGCUGACAGAGAAUGUGCUUCUUCUUCCUCGUCACCCUCCACGUUGCUGCUUCCACCGCCACCGCCUCUACACUUUGACGACUUCGUCAACGGCCAUCAUCAGCACCACGACAGCAACAGCAACAACAGUAACAACAACAACAACAACAAUAAUAACUACCACCACCAUCAUCACCAUCAUCACAAUCCCAGUCAUCAUCAUAACAGUCUCCAUCUACACGGAAGCAGCAAAAAUUCAGGCGGUAGUAAAAAAACACGGAAAAAUUACAAGAACAUGACGCGUGAGAGACGUAUUGAAGCGAAUGCUCGAGAAAGGUCCCGGGUUCACACAAUCAGUGCGGCGUUUGAAAACCUUCGCAGAGCAGUGCCGUCCUAUUCAUGUAACCAAAAACUUUCUAAACUAGCUAUACUUCGGAUCGCAUGUUGUUAUAUCUUAGCCUUGGCCAGAUUAGCUAACAUGGAUUACUCAGCAGAACAAACAGCCAUGACGUUUUCGGAUUGUGUGGAUUUGUGUACGCGGACAAUACAGACAGAAGGAAGAGCCAGACGACGCCAUUGAAACAACGGAAUGACGGCCCCCGUUUUUCCUUCAUUUUUUUUUUUCACUAAAAAUGCAAUAAUGUAAAUAGUUCUGGUUAUUGCUGCCAAGUUCUACUAUCCAUCUAUCUAUCUAUCUAUCUAUCUAUCUAUCUAUCUAUCUAUCUAUCUAUCUAUCUAUCUAUCUAUCUAUCUAUCUGUUUUACUGAAUGGCUAUAUACGUUAACAAAGUAUUGUUUCUUCUUUCAAUGUAUUGUUAUAUCUCUAUGUUUCUGUCCGACCCUUCUCUCUCUAUACCAUCACACACACACACACACACACACACUCUCUCUCUCUCUCUCUCUCACUUUUUCUUUCUCUCUCUCUCCGUCUAACUCUCCUUUCUCUUGCUUGACUUCUUUCUUUCUUAUUUUGUUUUUUCUUUCUUUCCCACCGAUUCUUUUU